AUGGAGCUCGAUAAACUCGAAGGAAAGAACGCUUCUCAUCCACCAAGGCUGAAAGCCUCGCCAGAAAACAUGACACGGGGAUGUUUUGGACUUUCAAGAAUUAUUGGAACUGCUUGCAGGUCGCACGAUAAACAAGAUGACUUUCACAAAUUACUUCAAAGUUCAAGGUUUAGCCAACUGGAAAAGUUAUACUACGAUUAUGAACAACGCUCACACAGAAGACAAAUGGCAAAUGUGUUGGUACAAAUAUUGCAACUUCAAGAAGUACAAUCAGUUAAAGAAUACACAGUCAAUGGAAAUACAUUCAAGGUUCACGUAGUCGAAGAUACAGAAUUUUGA